CCGCUAGCUCGGAGUUGGAGGCUUGAGCAAAAAACGUGGCAACUCGCGUUGCUCUGUGUCCGCUGUUGUUGCAACACACGCUCUUGUAUUGUGCGCAUCGGUAACAGCGCUGAGACGCAGCGCUGGCACAGUUGCAGCUAAUUGCAAGCAAGCAGUGCUGCACCUGCGCGCUUGGCUCCGAUGCGCUUCCGGACGGCGUUGACGCUCGCAUCGCUCCCGAUGAUCCGCGCCUUCGCGCGCGGCGCCCGGCGCCUCCACCGCAACGUGCGCGCGCUGGCCGGCGGCGCCUUCCCGAGCUCGGACCGCUGGGCGCCGAACCUCGUGAGCGCCAGCGAUACUCCUACCACUCCGGUCUUGGUGCUGCAAAAGGACGAGUACGAGGCCUGGCUCGGCGAGCAGGCCGCCGACACGCAGGCUUACUUGAAGGCCGCGGGCCUCGCGAAGUUCAAGGACGACGCCCUCGUCCUCUUGCCAGAACGCAAGUGGGCCUUCAUGACGAAGAAUGCGUCGUCUCUUUAUGCUUUUGCGUCGCUGCCGGCGCGGCUGCCCUCCGACGGCGCGGUCUACGAGCUCGAGUCCGCGGAGCCGCUACCGGCGACGGCGGCGCUGUCGUGGGGCCUGGGCUGCUACUCGUUCGACGCCUGCAAGGGCACGGGCUCGCAGCCGAAGGCCGACGACCCGCCGAAGUUCGCGAGCCUCGUCGUGCCCGCCGCGGCGGACGACUACGCGACGUCCCUGAAAGGCACCUACCUCUGCCGGGACCUGAUCAACACGCCGGCGGGGGACCUGGGGCCCGCGGAGCUGGAGGCCGUCGCCCGCUGUGUGGAAAUCAACCAGUGAGUUAGGUGCACCCACGCCAUCGAGCCGACGCGGUCACGGGAACAACGUCGCGUCGAUGGCGUAUAAUCUCCACGCCAUCGAGCAGAUGCAGCUACGGAGACAAUCUCGCGACGAUGGCGUGGGGCGCCUGAAGUUUGAUUUCCACACAGGUCGCCCGCGACCUGGCGAAGGCCGCGGGCGCGUCCGUUCGUACCGUCGAGGGCGACGCGCUCCUCGAGGGCUACCCCCAGAUCCACGCCGUCGGCCGCGCGGCGGGCCCGAAGCAGCAGCCGCGCCUGAUCGACCUGACCUGGGGAUCCGAAGACGCGCCGAAGGUGACGCUCGUCGGCAAGGGCGUCUGUUUCUGUGUGGAAAUCAACCAGUGCGUCGGGUGCGAUGACGCGGCCGUCCUGGCUCGGUCGAGCGGUGAGGAACCGGCAUCGCCACGCCAUCGAGCAGGCGUUGCGUCGAUGGCGUGGAGGACUACGCGAUGAUUCAGCACGAACGCGCCGUAAAAUUCUGAUUUCCACACAGGUCUGCUUCGACACGGGCGGCCUCGACAUCAAGCCCGCCGCGGCGAUGCUCACGAUGAAGAAGGACAUGGGCGGCGCGGCGCACGUGCUGGGCCUGGCGGCUAUGGUCAUGGACGCGCAGCUGCCGGUGCGCUUGCGGGUCCUCGUGCCGGCCGUCGAGAACGCGAUUUCAGGCGACGCGUUCCGGCCCGGCGACGUCCUAGUCGCUAGAAACGGCAAGACCACGGAGAUCGGCAACACGGACGCCGAGGGCCGCCUCGUGCUCGCCGACGCGCUCGUCGAGGCCUGCAGCGAGGCGCCGGACUUGCUUGUGGAUUGCGCGACGCUGACGGGCGCGGGCCGCGUCGCGCUGGGCACGGACGUGCCGUGCCUCUUCGCGAACGACGAGGGCGUCGCCGUCGCGGACGUGUUAGUCGCGGAGUCGGCGAAGGAGCAGGACCAGGUCUGGCGCCUGCCGCUGUGGCAGGGGUACCGGGAGGAGAUAAACGGCAAAGUCGCGGACCUGAAGAACAUCGGCAACGGGCCGUACGGCGGCGCCAUCACGGCGGCGCUCUACCUCGCCGAGUUCGUCGAGCCGGCCGCGGAGGGCGGCGCGGCGCCGCCGUGGCUCCACCUCGACAUGAUGGCCUUCAACACGGGCUCGAAGCCGGGCCGGCCCGAGGGCGGCGAGGCCAUGGGCAUGCGGGCACUCUUCCGGCUGCUCGAGGCGCGGUUCGGGAAGUAGGAGAGCGCGAAUAAUAUGUUCAUAGUA